AGCGAACCGCAAAUUAAGUCAAGUCAUAUAAUUAGAGAGAAACCAUGCAACGAACCUUCUGAGUGACAGAGAGAGGCUUGACUACUUUCUUGUGCGUUGCUGACGAGUUUCGAUGGAGGUGGUGGUGGAGCCUGGAGUGACUUUUUGGGCGGUUCAUGUAGAGAGAGAUUUGUUCCCUGGUUCGAAGCGGCUCAGUACAUCAUAGAGAGAGAGAGAGACUGAAUCUGAAAUGGCUUUAUCAGAGAAGAGGAGGAACCGUUUCUUCAUUCCUUAUGUGAAUAUCGUCUCCCUCCUCCUCGUGUGCAUCUCUCUGCUCGACAAGGCUGUAUGCAUCAGGAUAUCGAGUCAGAUCUCGGACUCCGUCGUUGAUUCGCCGGAUCGUCCCUUGAAAUCGGCGGUUUUCGCUCUCGGGAGCUUCUGGCGAUCGGAGGCGGCGUUCGGCUGUAUCCAUGGCGUCGUACGAACAACGGCCGGUUACGCCGGCGGAGCUAAGGCCAAUCCGGAGUAUAGAAACUUGGGUGACCACGCCGAAUCCGUACAGGUUGAAUAUGAUCCACGGAUAGUGACUUAUCGUCAGCUCUUAGAUGUAUUCUGGUCUAGUCAUGAUUCCAGACAAGUCUUUGGACAAGGUCCUGAUGUCGGUAAUCAAUACAGAUCCUGUAUUUUCACUAAUUCCACAGAAGAAACGAGACUGGCUUCCACUAGCAAAGAAAGGGAGCAGCUUAAAUCAAGAAGCAGUAUCGUGACUACUCAAAUCCAAAAGCUAGAAACGUUUCAUCGCGCAGAGCCUGAUCAUCAGAAGUUCGAGCUGAAACAACAUCCGUUCCUUAUUCAGCUAAUAGGAAACAUGGCAGAGGAAGAGCUCGAGAGAUCAGCACUAGCCACGAAACUAAACGGUUAUGCAGCCGAGCUCUGCCCACCAAGAACACAGAAACAAAUCGACUCGAGAGUAAACGAGAUCAUUAGAAAAGAUUCAGAUCGGAAACGAAAGAAGGAUUCGGUCUCAUCGAUAGAUCGAACGUCGGAGAAAUCGAAGGAGAAGAAAGACGACCACAGCAACAAGCACCGGAAGAAGAGCAAGAUGGCGUCGAGGGAUCAGGUUAAGGCGUCGCAUAUUCUGAUCAAGCAUCAGGGAUCUCGGAGGAAGGCGUCGUGGAAGGAUCCAGAAGGGAAGAUCAUCAUGACUACCACCAGAGAAGCAGCCGUCGAGCAGCUCAAGUCGAUCCGCGAAGACAUCGUCUCCGGGAAGGCUAACUUCGAGGAUGUGGCGACUCGUGUUUCCGACUGUAGCUCCGCCAAACGCGGCGGCGAUCUAGGUCCCUUUGGUCGAGGUCAAAUGCAGAAACCAUUUGAGGAAGCAACUUACGCACUCAAGGUUGGAGAUAUAAGCGACAUUGUCGACACAGAGAGUGGAGUCCAUAUCAUUAAGAGAACAGCUUGAUCAUGUAUCAAAAAAGUUGUCUGCUUUUUUUUGUUUCCUUCUCUUCUAGUCCAAAGAAUUGAACAUAGAAGACGAAGAAUAAGAUUAAGCUUUAAUUAAGGUUACUGUUAUUGUGUUUUGAUUCUGCGUAUUUCUACGGAUUUGAUACAAUCAAACAUAUGAUAAAAACCAGAGAUGUUAUAUCGCAACUUCUUGUUAUAACUUCCAUAAUAACACAUUCCUUUUGUUCUCUGUCGAUUUUAGUAAUUAAGAGAAAUAAAAC